CUCCGCCACCGCAGGUAAAUCCCCAAAUUUCAAAUCCUCCUCUUCCCCCCACACCUCCACAUUUUCUAGGGUUUCCAUGCCCGAUCUCUAGCCAUGUCCCGCUCCUUCUUCCCGACCUGCUCCUCCCUCAAAGUGGAAAUGGAGGAGAUGUGCAGGGAGAUGGACGAGCUGAGGUCGGAGGUGGAGGCGCUCACGGCAGAGUGCCGCGCCAAGGCGGAGCUCGCCGAGGGGCUCAAGCGGGCGGGCGCCGAGCAGGCGGCGCGGCUCCGGGAGGCGAGGGCGGAGGCGGAGAGGCAGGCGCGGGAGGUCGCCGCCCGGGACGAGGAGAUCUCCUCCUCGGGGGAGGCGCGCCGGGAGCUGGAGGCCAGGCUCGCGGAGAAGGAGCAGGCGCUGCGGCACCUCUGCGCGGCGCACGAGGGGCUCAGGAGCAGCGCCAGGGAGAGGAGCGAUGCCCUGGAGGCGGAGAAGCGGGAGCUCGUCGCGGCGCUGGAGGAGUCCGAGGCGAGGCGGCUCGAGCAGGAGGCGGCCGCGCGCUCGUGCGGCGAGGAGGUUGCCCGGCUCAGGAGGUUGCUGUCGGAGAAGGAAAAGAAGUGCUCGGAGGCUGAGCAGAGGGCAUUGGCACCGAAGGAGGUGAUGAUGAGGGACGAUAUGCUGCUGAAAAUGGAGGACCAGAAGGCCGCCGUCGAGGGGAAGCUCAAGUGGAAAUCUGAGCAGUUUAGGCACCUCGAGGAUGCACUCAAAAAGGUCCAGGAUGAAUUCAGGGCCGCGAAGAAGGAAUGGGGCUCUGAUAGAUCAAUGUUGGUUGAUCAGAUUGGCACUCUUGAGGUCAAUUUGGAUUCCAAGACCAGAAUGGCUGAGGAUUUUCGGUCAAGGCUCGAGAUGUGCAGCCAGGCAUUAGCCCAUGAGGAAGGCCGCCGGAAGCUGCUCGAGGCGGAGAUGUCUGAAUUGAAACACUUGUAUGGUAAUGUGGUCUCCGAUUAUGAAGAGGCGAGGUCCACAAUUGAGUCGCUUGCCGCAAAGCGGGAUGGGGAGAUCGCAUCGUUGAGAAGCUCACUGGCUGAGAAGGUCACAUUGCUCAAGGAAAUGGAGUAUGGGAAGGCACGUCUUGAGCAAGAAAAUGAGGAUAUGCGAUCUUCGUUGAAGGAACACCAGGAGGCUCAGAUUGGUGGUGCAGAUGCUGUAGUUUCAUUGAAGGUUCUGCAGCAGAAGUUCCGAGCUCUAGAACAGACGCAUAGAAACUGCAUUGAUAAGCUGAGAGAUAAAGAGGCAGAAUGGAAAACACAGAUGGAGAAGCUUGGGAGUGAGCUGGAUGGAUGCUUGUCACAGUUAGAUUCUAAAGAUACACUUAUCAAGCAAAUGCAGAUUGAGCUUCUGAGCAGUUAUAGCUCCCUGGAGAUGCAAGCUGUGCAGAAUUGGGAAGCUUCAGUAGCUCUUGUUAUUGUAGAAUCAAAACUUUAUGAUUCUUGCUCAUAUUUUGAAACGAUUCAACUGGAUAUGCAGAAGAACUGUGCACAACUUGAGCACAAUUUUGCUGCUGCAAGAAAGCAGUUAGAGGAAGAUAACUGUGCCAUUGCUCAAUCUCAAGCUGAGCGGGCACAACAAGUUGAGGUAAUAGCAACAUUGCAUCAAAGAAUUGAGCAGCUUGAACACAUGGAAAAGGAACGUGAAGAGAUGCAAAGGCAGCUUGAUACAUACAAUCUUGACAAUGCAUCAAGAGAUGUUCACUGCUUAAAAGGUGAAUCUUCAGAAGAGGAAAAAGGCCUGCAUGAGAAACUGCAGAAAGCAUUAUCUGAUUUGGAUGAAGCAUACUCUGCAGUUUCUGAGCGGGAGAGUGAGCUGAGCCAAAUAGAAAUCAAUCUUCAUAAGCAAAAACAAGCAAUGGAGCAUUUGGAAGAGCUCAAACUUUCUAUGGAAAAUGAACUAAAGGGCUAUAUGGAUGAGAACAAUGUACUGAAAAGAGAUCUUAUUGCAACAACAGAAAUUGAAAAGUCCCUAAGAGAAGAAAAGGAGAAAUUACUAGGUGCUCUCAAUGAAGCAAACUCUGCCCUUUCUGAGAAGAACUGUGAACUGAGACAAUCUGAAAUCAUUCUUCAUCAGCAAAAGCAAGCACUAGAACAUUUGGAAGAACUGAGAGUCAAUAUGGAGACUGAAAUCAAGGGCUACAUUGAUGAAAUUUGUGUCCUGAAGAGGGAUCUAGAUGCUACCCAUAUGGCUAAAAUAGAAGCCGAGAAGACUUACAGUGAAGAAAAUGAGAAGUUGCUAUGUGCUCUUGAUGAAGUAAACUGUUGUCUUUUGGACAAGAAGAAUGAGCUUGACCAAGUCACAGAAAAUCUUCAUCAGCAAAUGCAAGCAGUGGAAGAAUUUGAAAAGUUGAGAGUUAGUAUGGAAACUGAGCUAGGGCGCUACAUGGAUGAAAACUCUGUGCUAAAGAGUGAUCUGGUUUCUGCUCUUAAUUCCAAAAUGGAUGCUGAAGAGUCUCUUAGGGAAGAAAAGGAUAAGUUAUGCAGUAUAAUAGAUGAGAGGUGCAGGAAUAUUGACGAGCUUCAGCAACACAUCGCUGUGCUGGAAGAAGAAAAUUUAGAUAAAAAGCUUGAUGUGGCAGGUCUUAUCAAGUCAGAGGCUGACAGGUCCAUUCAAGAAGUCAAUAGAAAGUACUCUGAAAUCGUUGAGGUCUUUGACAAAAAGCUUUUGGAACUUGAAACAAGGCUCAGUUUCUUCGAACAGAAAUACACAUGCAGAGAGCAAGAACUCAUGGAAAUGUUUGAUCAGGAGGAAGCUGAUUGGUAUACACUAAUUGCAGAAAAAGAAAAUGCUAUUUCUGAAAUUCAAGAAAAUGUUGAAUCUGCUCAAGUUGACAUUAAGCACCUAGUCGAAUCUGCUUCAGAAAAGCUAGCAGAAGUUCAGGUUGAGGUUCGGCAACUAUAUUGUUUAGCAGGAAAUCUUAAUUCACUCAAUCUUAUCCAAGAGCAUGAUAAUUUGUUCAAGGACAUGCUCAUUGAAGAAUGUGAAAGAGAGCUUAAGGCAGUGCAAGUAAAUUUAGCGUUGGAGAAACAACAGUCCAACAAUUUGAAGAAUGAUCUUGAGCAACUCAAAGCCAAGGCAACUGCAGAGAUGUUAGAAAAUGUAAAGGAGCAUCUGGAAGUUGCAAAUAAGCUGAGAUCUUUGGAGGAAAGAAAAGAAGUACUGGAUGAGCAUGUAGGAGAGUUGAAGUCUAGGACAAAGAAUAUGUGCAAUGCCUUUGUUCAAGAGAGGAAAAAUUUAUUUGAUGAGUUGACUGGACUGGUCGAUACCAUUGGAGCAGCAAUUCAUGUAGAUGAAGAUCUGAUGACAAGCUUGACAAAGAUCAUGCAUAAAGUUAAUAAUGAAGAAGCCUUCCGGAAUUCUAGUAGCAAAGAAAUGCUUAGCUCGGAGAAUAUAAAUGCGAGGAAUUCUGCACCCUUGGUCAGGAAUAAAUCUGUACAGCUCCCAGAUAGAAGAUUACCAUUGAAGGAGCACAACUAUUAGCCUUCGUAGCUGAGGACAGAUUGUGUACUGACAUUGUUGUUAUCUUAGCAUCCUGUCUCUCUGGAUCCACAUAGGCUUUACAUGCUACCUGUAGAUUUGUGCUGCCAUUUGUGUUGUGUUGUUUAUACGCAAUGGCUAUGCUCAUCCUACAUUUCUUAUGUAUCAGCUUUACCUUUAAACUAAUUUAUUAUUUUGACUACCUAGAGGAAUGAGAUUAUUCCUUUAAAACA